AUGUAAUAUUAUAAAUCUCUUUCAUCCUCUAUAACUCAAGAAUAGAAAUUUGGAGAAUUAGUUCAAUCAAUUAAAUGCACUAAAGAUGACAUUUGCGAUGAAUAAAGUCAAAAAUUUUAUAGCCUCAUCAACGAAAGCAUAUAAAUAUAAUAUGAACUAAUUCAAAAUUCAGAAGCUUCGAAAUUAUCCAAUAUAUAAUUAUUAAAAAUCUCAAAUUUCUAAUUUAUUAAAUGUCAUGAAUGUUAUUUUUGUAUAAUUUUCAAUCUAUCAAAUGACACAUUGUAAUAAAGAUUAAAAAAUGAAAUUAUGAAGUAUUCAUUUCAAACAUUUUUUUUUGAUUUCGCUUUAGAAAAUGUUAAUGACCAUGAUCCAAAUGCAGAAUUAGAAGCCUUUGACAAUCGUACUAAUCAAAAUUUUAGAGAAUGCAGAGUAAUGAUAUUUUCAAAAGACUUUGAUCAAAAGAUAAUAGAUAAAGUUAAUAUAUUUCCAUAUAUUUAUUUUUGUGGCAAUCCUACUAAGGUAAAUGAGACAUAUUUAGAGAAUCUUCAAUAACAUUAGAUUUUCUUCUCAAUAGAUUUAUAGUACAAAAGAAUAUUAUAGUUGCUUCAGACUGGUUUAUCCAUGUUAAAUUAACAAAUUUAUACUAAUAUCAAAAUUACUGGUUUAAUUGAAGAUAUCAAUGAGUAGAGAUAUUACAUUAAGCAUCCAUCACUUAAAUUUGAGAAAUCAUAAUACAAUAUAACGCUAUUGUGUUCUAUUCCCUAUAUGAAUGUAGAUGAAUAUUUGUACAUUCCACUUUCAUUAGCAAUUCAUAAGAUUGAAAUUUCAGAUAUAAUUUAGAAAAAUGAAAAUUUACAACGAGCUAAAGAGUUUAAUAAUGAAGUUUACGACUAUGUGUACAAGUUUAAAAUUUUGAAUUAAAUUGAUGAUCAAAUCAAAUUGAGUGAAUUGGAAUUUUCAAUAAUUUUAUAAGAUUAGUUCUUUUCUAUAGAUCAAUUAAUGUUUAGAAAUUAAAUAAGAUAAAUAUAGGAAUUCUAAAGGGAGAAUGAAUAAAAGGAGGAAGAACUUAAUGAAAUCUUGAAGAUUCUUGAAGAUUUGUGUAAAUGUAAUAAGCCUUCCUUUUAAAAGUUGAUUACAUAUUAUUAGAUGAAGUAAAGCAUGCUUUAUAGAAUGAAAAUUAAUAGUUUUAUUUUUUAAUUAUGA